AUGAUUAUAGUAAAUGUUUGGAGAAAGUUUCUAGUCCUAGAAGAAGUUAAAAUAUCAACCAAAGAUCCUUAUCAAUUCCGAUAUAUACCAAAUGUAAAGAAAGAUCGUUUUGAAUUUUGGGUAAAAGCAAAAGCAGAUGCUCAUAUCUCGUUAAGUAAUGCCCCUAUAUUAUUAGAUCCGAAAGUUGUAAUUAUAAUUGGUGGAUGGGAUAAUACGGGAACUGAAAUUAAUAUUUGGUCUGAUGAUGUUCACUAUCAUCAAAGUGUACCAGAUCUUUUAAAUGAAAAUGAAUAUCGUGGUUUUUGGAUUAAAUGGAAUUAUAAUGGUAAUAUUGCAAUUGGAAAAAAAGGUGAUAGAUUUCCAUUUAUAGCUUAUAAUAAUACGAAACCAUUUUUUCCAAUAAAUUUCAUUGGAGUAACAUGUCAAAAAGGAUAUGAUGGUUUUUGGAUAAUUAAUGAAGACUUGGAUUACAAAUUCGAUGAGUAA